CUUAUUUUACCUCCCGACACGUAUGGCCCACUUAUUCCGCUUUGGUCAACACAGUUCUUAGCGGGCCGCCGCAAUGGCAACGCCGCCGCCGCCGGAGUUCGUGUACCGGAUCAGCACGGGGGAUGAGUGGGCGGAGCUCCAGCGCACCGGCGGCACCCUCGGCGGCGACCUCGACCGCUCCACCGGCUGCUUCCACCUCAGCGACCUCGCCCAGGUGAAGAUGACACUAAAGAAUUAUUUCCGUGGGCAAAAUAAUUUAUACCUGCUACAAAUUGACACUGCCAAGAUUGCAGAUGGCUUAAUCUAUGAGGCAGAUGAUGGCUGUAACUAUUUCCCUCAUUUCUAUGGCCCUGAUCGGAGCUUUGCACCCCUUCAACUAAGUGCUGUUGUGAAGGCGGACAAAAUAGUGCAGGCAAACAAUAAUUUUUCUUGCAGUCUACUUGAUGGAGCGGCCAUCUAAUUCUGAUGUGUAACUGUAAGGUCUCACUCUUAGCCCUUGUUUACAUAAUUUUCUUGUAAGUUCCCUGCCAAAUUUAUCAAAGACAGGCUGUCCACAUGGUUAUGCUAGUAAUGGAAGUACACAAAUUUAAUGUCAA